GUGUACCCAUUUCGUUGAGUGCGCAAAGAAUAGAAUCUCGCUGCUCUUUUCAGCUGCUUGUCUGCCGUCGAUAAAAUUUCUCUCUCCUUUCGUCCCUUCCAAUUCUUCUCGUUUUCCUUGCAAACAAUAAACCACAGCGCUUCAUCGAUUGAACAAAACCCUAGCAUAAGACAUGGACCCUGAAUUAGCUGCUAUCAGGCAAAGGAGAAUGCAGGAGUUAAUGGCACAGCAUGGAGUUGGGAACCAGCAAAAUACAGAGCAGCAGAAAGCACAGGAAGAUGCAAACAGGGAAGCUGAUGAGCGGAGGCAGUUGAUGCUUAGUCAAAUCCUAUCCUCCCAAGCUAGAGAAAGACUUGCUCGAAUUGCUUUAGUGAAACCUGAGAAAGCAAGAAGUGUGGAGGAUGUUAUACUCCGAGCUGCUCAAAUGGGGCAGAUAACUGAGAAGGUUUCAGAGGAGAGGCUCAUUACAUUGCUUGAACAAAUCAACAACCAAACCAGUAAGCAAACAAAAGUUACUAUUCAAAGGCGUCGGAAUGUUCUUGAGGACGAUGAUUAGGUAUACUUGAUUUUCACAAUUAAAGCUUGUAAUCACUUGAGAGGAUGAUAUGAGGUUUGUAAGCUAUUAAACUAUUUUACACGACAAUCGUCAGUGAUGGGGUUUAUGGAGUUUCUUUUUUGAUGUCUGCAGUUUGCAACAGGAUUCGUAUAUAAAUAGAUGUGCAUUGAGCAUUAGUUUUAGCAUUUAAACCUUA